AUGGAGCCAUUAAUUAGGAAAGAAUAGUAACUAGUUGAAAAUCCUAUCAUUGGUGGCAAAAAGGCCACUAAGAAUUGGUUAAGCAAUUGCAAGCCAAUAGAUGAAUACAGAGCUAACUUGCAUUUGGCUUUUUAAAAAGCCCAAAUGAAUUACUAGCUUCGAUCUAAAAACCAAGACUAAAUUAGUUAGAAUAUCAAGAAGUUAGAGAAUCAAGCAAUUUUGAGGAGUCAAGAGUUCUCAACUUUGAUUCAGGAUUACAAGCAAGUUGAUCCAGAAAUUUCAGAUUAGAUCUAGGAUAAGUUAAAAUUGAGUAAAUUGAGUAGAUCUUGUUCCAAGAGUAUGCUGGAUAGAUAUUUCACUGUUGAUCAGUCUACAGAGUCAAUAGUAUACUAUAAGAAGUAGGAGGAUUCAAAACCAAAGAAAAAGGUCUCGCUGGGUGAGUGCAGAAUUUAUAUAGAAAGCCUUGAGGAAAAUAAAGUAGACUACAAGGAGAAUAAAUUGACUUAAUGGACUGAAUUGAAUAAGAAAUUCAGAUUAGAAAUCAGACUUAAGAAUAGAUAGUUUUAGCCUGUCUAUCAUUAUGUCGACAAUAGACAUUAAGCCAUACUUAUCCAAGCAAAUGUAGAAGCAAUCUUAAACCAUGAAAAGAAUUUGCUUAUUGGUUAAUGGAUCGCUUUGCUUUCAGAGAUAUUUAAAGUUUCAAAUUUUACGAGACCUAUAAAAUUAAUGAACUAAAUGAGAUAUUAAAUCAAAAGACAAAAAGAUCUUAUAAAAUCACUUUUUACAAUACAAUGCCACUUUGAGCAGGAAAGAAUAGAAAAAAUAGCAUUUAUUGAUAAAGAAGUUAGGAGAGUCAAAGACGUUGAACAUAGAGAAUAUUUAAAAGCUUAAGAGGCAGAGCGUAAGAGGCUAUUAGAAGAGCAAAAGCUACUAAUGGUAGCUGCUGAGCCUAUUGAAGAAAUAAAAGAGCCUGAAAGGAUUCCUGAGAUUUACUCUACCUUCAGAAAAGGAAUGGUUAAUUUGUGGGGGUAUUUCUACUUCAAAAUGUACACCAAAGGUAAUAGAAGUUUCAAAAGAGUGACUUAGCUUUUCAAGGAUCAUCAUCAAGAUAGACAUCCUGUUAUUUAAGAUCUAAUUAACAAGCAGAUGGAUGUAAAAUAAUUCACUUGCCAGAAUGGGUCUUAUAGAAUACAUGAUCAAGUCCUUGAGAAUAUGAAUAAAAUUGGAGAGAUCCCAUACCUUAUUUAAGAUUUAAGCAGUAUUGCAGCUGUCAGAGUUGAAGGAGAAAAUCUUGUUCUUAUAGAUAAAAAGAAGCACGAAUACUUAUUACCUUUGAAUGAGAUAAACUUCAUUUGCACUGAUAUUAGAUAUCAAUAGCCUAAUCAGUAGAACCAGCAAAGUUGGAAGCUCCAGCUCAGAGGUAGAAAAAUCAACUCAAAUGUAGAGAUGAUUGGAGAAAAUAUCUUGCCAAGCCAAAUUGGUCAGGAAAGAUUUAAGUAUUCAAGAUUGGUAGACAAGACUGUCUUGCAAUUCAGCUUGAAAAAGAUUUAGAUUCCUCUCUACAUCUAGAAUAUUCUAAAAGAACGCAUCUGCAAUAGAAAGAAUCAGCUAGCAUUCAGAUUGAAAUUUGAAAUAGGGGAUUUUCAUUGUUACUCAAAGUUAUUUUCAAGUGGCCAUUUUUCUACCAUCACAUUGAAGGAUGAAAUUACUCUUGAUAUUCAUGACUUUAAAAUAAUGAAAAUAACAUUGCUAGCUGUAAUAGGUAGAUUGCCGCCAAAUAACUAAUAUGUUAAUGAGUUUUGCAAUGAGUAAAUCAUUAGUUAUGUGAGCCUGAGAAUGAGAGAUUUUGAAAAUAAUGAAUUGGCUCUUAAAAAUGAAAUGCUGCAUGCUAUUGAAUUUAAUAAUCAAUUUUAUAAUCCUAAAGACCCCAAACCUAAUAAAAUUGAUUAGACUAUUUUAUCAGGUGCUUUUGUUAUUACUCAGCUGGUUGAAGAAUAACCAACUAAUGAUAUUUAUCAGAGGAAAAUUAUAGAUAACGUUAAUGUUAAAGCUGAUAUUAAGGCUAUUGAAAGAUAUGGGAUUUCAAUUAUCAAUAUUUAAAAUAAACCCCAAAAUUAUUUGAAUGGCUAAUUUGAAUGGAGUCUUGACUUAUAAGUAAACAAUAAUGAAAAUGAGCUAUUGAGAAGAAUUUAUCUUGGAAUUUAAGAGUAAUAGCUUAAGUUGAUUUACAAUCAGAGAUUACAUGGAUUUUCAGUACGUAACAGAAACUAGGCUUUUGUCUGUGGAAGAUUAUUUAUUUCAGUUAUGAAUGCCUAAAAUUUAGCUAAUAAGGAAGGAGCUCUUUGUGACAGUUAUGUCUAGGUAUCUAUUGGUGAUCCUAAAAAUCAAUCUAAUGCUAAAUUUAUUGAUAUCGCAAAUGAGUAAUCUUUCAUAAUGUGCAAAAAGAACUCUGAAGAAUCUGCCAAUAAAACAUAUAAAACUUCUAUAGUAAAGUAAAACAAUAAUCCUCAAUGGGUAUCAGGAACUAACCCACAUGGUGAAACUUUUGAUAUUGGCAUGUUUAUGAAGAGAUUUCCACAUUCAAUCCUGAUAGAAGUAUAUAAUUAAAAAAAGAAGUCAAGAUUUUCAUCAGAGAUUAUUGAGGAUCUUAUUGGCUUUGCAGAAGUUUAAACUGAAGAUCUGAUUCUAUUAGAUAAUUAUGGCUAAGAAUUUUAUCUGUUCCUUGAAGACUCAGUCAAUAGAAGCUCAUUGAUAAAAAUCAGAACUUUAUUUGUCCCAUCACUUGGUACUAUUGAAAGAAUGAACCUUGAUACUACUAAAUCAUUAUUUAAGAAUGCUCAGUAAUAUCUAUUCUAUAAAGUGUUGCAUGAACAUGAACUUUAUGAUGAAUAUGGCUACAGAGUUCCAUUAGGGAAAUAUCUAACAGACUUUAGCUAUGAUGAUUCUUUACUCGGACUAUUCGGUUACCAAACGAGAAGAACUAAUAUUGACAUAAAUUCUAGUUUGAUUCAAGAUGCUGAUUAAUUCUAAAAGAGAUAUGAGAGAUUUUCUCCUGAGCAUAAGAAGCACAAAUAGCUUUAGGAUAUAAAUCACUUGAGACCUAAAAUUGAGUAAAACGUUUAUCUGUUCAAAUAAAUUUGGCUUUACUACUAAUACAUGACAAGAAAUAAUGCUUUGGAUGAGAGAUAGAGAGUAUUUUGGGAAGAAUUUAUGAAUGACUUAAUGAGGACUGCAGAUGAAGAUGGAUACGUAGAUGAUGAGUUUAAGUCCAUCAGAUCUAAGCUGACAAAUACCACGAAAAUGAUCAGUUCAAAGUACAGAAAGAGAUCUAGAUAGCUUAAAUCUCAGAAUCCGCUUGCAGCAUCUUAGAAAGAAGGUUCUAUUAAAAAUGGACUAGAAGAGACUAAAGGCCAAAGAUUCUCAGUCUUAUUUGUGGGACAGUGGGAAAAGGAGCAAUCUUGGAAGUAUGUAGACAUAUGGUAUUUGAUUAAAUUUGGAAUUCCUAAGGAUCUAAGAGUGAGUCUUUGGAAAGAUUUACUUAGAAGACAAAUCAAUGAGCAGUAGAUACAUUAAUACAUAAAGCGUAAUGCUGAAUUCUCUUAGUUUUACAAUGGAAAUAUAUCAAACUAUGAAAACCUCAAAAUUUUCUCCACAUUAAGAGAUUCAACCCUCUAUCAGUAGAUAGAGCAAGAUAUAAAAUCAUUCAAGUUUCCGAGAGGAUAUUUAAAGAAUUAAAACUCAUUUAGAGAGGAUAGAUGGGAGGAAGAAAGACUUUGUAUGAACAAUAUCUUCAAAGCCUAUGCAACAUGGGCUCAUGAAUUCACAGAUAAACGCUAGAAAAUAUUAAUGUACAAUAAGGGUCUACUAUCUUUGGUUCAAAGAUUCUUGUCUUUUAUGAAUGAGGAAGAUGCUUUCUGGACUUUAGUUGGUAUGACUAAAGCUUUUAAUAACGUGCUCAUAUUUGAUUACAAGGAGCCUAAGGAUUAAAAGAUUUCCUAGUAUUAGACUUUCAGUGCUAUGAUCUCUAGAAGAGUGUCCUAUAAGAAUGAAAUGAACAUCCUGAUAUGCUUGAUCAAACUGCACUAUCCUUAAAUAUUUGAACAUCUGAAAUCACUUUCAGUGCCUUUUGAGUUUUAUUUCUAUGAUGCAUUUUCUAAGUUUUUCACUGAAAGCUUCUCAACCGAUAUAAUUCUCAGACUAUGGGAUAUGAUAGUGUUUAAUCUGUCUACGAACACUAUAGAUAACAGAAAAAGAGCACUGUGGUAUCUGUUAGCUAUUCCCCUGUACAUGAUCCAAGCAAAUAUCAAAUUGAUCCUAAAGUCAAAUGACCCUGUUUAAAUUAAGAGAAUUUUGCUUGAAAAAACAGCUGCAAUCAAUUACAACCCUAAUUUGUUUAUAGAUGAACUGCUUACCAUUAUUAAGCAGGUAUUUGUAAAGAAAGAAACAGUGAUAAACAAACUACUUAAAAAUGAUAAAGCAUAUUAAUUGGAGGACCUUAGAAUGGAUGUUGAAAUGGAGGCUGUUAAGAGAUUUAAGGAGACGCAGGAUUAGCAUAAAUAAAUAGUCAAGCUCGUCAUAGAGAACCAAUUGGAUCUAAGUAUAAACAGCAAGCUAUUGAACUAGCAGUAAAAUCCAAGCAAUAUCUAAGUUUAAAUAGAACUGAUAGCUUUUAGAAACCUAUUCAAGCAGCAAUUAGAUCCCGAAAAAGUUCAAAUUGUUAUGAUUCUAAAUGCAGAUGAAAUGGUAACCAGUGAAACUUUUGAAGUAUAUCUUCCCCUGAAUAAUGACUAAUCAAUGUACUAAAAAAUAUCUUAAAGGAUCUUUAUAAGAACAAGCAUUGUGAAUUUAGAGGAGAAUAAAAAGAUUCAAAUAAAGUUCAAACAAAUCUAGAACAAUGUUCAUCAAAUAGAUCUCGGUGCUGUUUAUAUAAAACUAGAGGAGAUAGUGUCAACACCAAGCCAAUAGCUAUUCUCACUCAGAGUUGUAAAUGAAAGAUUAUAAAGCUUUAACAAUCCAUAUGCUGAUUUCAAGAUUACUACUCGCGUCCAAUAAUAAAAAGACAAGACAACGAUGCUAGCUAAAACAAGCAAUUCUGAGGAAAAGGAUAUUCACUUAAAUGACAGAGAUGAAGAAGUAUUUAAGACUAUUGACAGUCAAAGAUAGAGUGAUAAAUAAAAUGAUAAGUCUUUGGAAGGCUUCAUUCCUUAUUUCUUUAAUCCCCAAAUUUUGAAGAGCAUCUUAGAUAAUCUCAAACUAGAGCCUAAAGAAUUCUGGACAUCUAGAUAUAUAAUUAAACUUAUAGCAUAAAAUCCAGAGAUAACUGUAAAACAGAUGUUAGAGAUUAUAUUCAAUGCAUUUUAAACCACGAAGGAUAAGAUGUCUCAUUAAAUACUAGUACUAUUAAUCUAAAAUAUCUACAACUCAAUGUACUAUCCUAUUCCAAUCAAUGAGGUAGAGCAGUUAAUAAAUAUUCAUACUAAUCAAAGCAUAGCUGGAAUUUCAAGAGUAACAUAACAAUAAAGUGUAGAAGCAUUCAUCUAGAGUUAAGGCUUCAUAAGUAAACUAUUUUAAAAGCAACAACCCACUUUAUAAUCCUAUGAUAUUACUAAUCAAUUUAAAUAAACCCUGAACUCUGUUAUCAGAUCCUAGCAAAAUACAGAAUAUAUUGACCUAAGUUAAGAUCCUUUUCACAAUAUUAACUUCUGGCUGAAAGGGUAGAAUUAACUUAAAAAAGAAGAAUAGAUUGUCAAUGUAUUUUAUAGAACCUAGAACGGUGAUGAGAUUUCAUAUUCCUACAAUGUAAAUGCAAAAGGCUUUUUUGAAGGGUAGAAUUUACAACUGCCUAUAAAGCUAAAUGGAUUAAAGCUGUAUAAUAAAACUGAAUUCCUCAAAAUUAUUGAAAGAUUACCAUUAAUCUCUAACGUUUUGAGACAAGAAAUAUUUCUUAGAGAUUAGUUAUUUGGAUCAUAAGAGGCUUUUGUUGAUGCAGACAUGCCAUACAGAUUCAAGUUUUAAGCCCUUAAUAACAAGAAAUUCAUGAUUAAUUUCAAUCCAAGAAUAGAUAAACAAGAUGAUUUCACAGUGGACCCCUCCCAAUUGAUGCGCAUAGCCAAAGGAGAUGUAGAUUAAAUAUAUAAGAAAAGUAGAGAUGAAUAGGGCAACACUCUAUAUGUGGUUAUGCUAUCAGCACUCUCUAGGUAGGAUGCAUUUAUCAUGGUCAAGCACAGAAUGAAGCAGGUAAUAGAUUUCAUUGCUUAAAGCGAGAACCUUGGAGAUAGUAUCCCAAAUAUCAUGUCCGAGAAAUUCAAGAUCAGAAAAUCUGUGCCAGAUUACAUGUCCAAUAAUCUAAACAGUCACUAUUACUACGAUUCAAUGGAUAGGAUAAAUGUGGAAUCAGAUUAAAAAGCCACAGAGUUUGAGCUAGUUAGAGUAUAGAUCUCUCAAGAAAAAGAAAUAGAUCAGUACGACUGUUUCGCUCUAUAUACUCAUCCAUCAGGACUCAAAGAAUGGAGACCAUGUAAAAUCAAGAUGAAGUUCUUGAAUAAGGAAUCAUAGUAGAAAAGUGGGCUACAAAUAUUAAAUGAUAUGAGCUAUGACUAUGCAAUAGAAUUCCUUCAUGAAAGAGAAUAUAAGAUCACCUAUAACUACAAAAGAGAAGAUGUGCUUUUGAGUUUUGAAUACAAGCGAAAUCAGGACUAUUACUACAAAGAAGAAGUCUAAGAAUUUCUGGAUAAGCUAGACUCUGAGGAAGUAAAUAUUGCUGAAGUCCUAGCAGAAUAAGACAAGAGAGGAAUGCAUGGUGCUGGUGGCAUGGAAGAAAUUAAGAAAUAGCUAUAAUAUGGUGGAGAAGAGGGGCUUAAGAUUGGUAAUAAUGAUUUGGAUGAAGAUAAAGAUGAAGAAAUGCAAGAAAUUAAAGCUUUGGAAAAAGAGGAUGAAGGUUCUUCAUUCUUCAGUGGAGGUAUUUGA